AUGUGGGAGUAUGGUGCAAUGUGUGUGUACACCGAGUAUGCUGUUGUUGUUUUUGCUUUCACUAAAAUUGGACAAGGACCUAAAACUGAGGAAUUCCUGGCUUACACUGCGGAAGGAACUCCCCAGCAGCCCCCACAAGAUGUCACCUGUACCACCCUCACUUCUCAGACUAUCCGUGUGUCCUGGUCCUCUCCUCCACUGGAAACUGUUCAGGGAGUCAUCAAGGGAUACAAGGUGUUUUAUGGACCCUCAGAUGUGUGGUAUGAUGAGGAGAGCAAGGAUAUAAAGAUCACUCUUUCCACUGAGACCCAUCUCCAUAGCCUUCAGAAGUACACCGACUACAGCCUUCAGGUUCUGGCUCACACUUCUGGUGGUGAGGGAGUUCGCUCACAGCCAAUUCACUGCCAGACUGAUCAGGAUAUUCCUGAGGCACCCAGAUCCGUCAAGGCCUUAGUUAUUUCUGCUGACUCUAUCCUUUUGUUGUGGCUUCCUCCUGAGCGCCCCAAUGGAAUCAUCACAGAGUACACUGUUUACUACAAGGAGCAUGGCAAGAGUGACAGUGAGGCUACCCGACAGAAACUGCUUCCAUCUCAGCUCAGCUAUGAGGCCAGUGAACUUAAACACCAUGAUGGUUAUGUGUUCUGGGUGACUGCUUCCACCACUGUUGGAGAAGGAGAGAUGUCGGAUCUUUCACACCUUAAGCUAUCCAACGAAGUACCUGCUAAGAUUGCAUCAUUUGAUGAAGAGUAUUUGGCCACCUACAAGGAAGAUGUGAAACUGCUGUGCCAAGUUUUUGGACUUCCCAUUCCUGAUGUCAGGUGGACAGUUCGUGGUGAGCCUGUCACUCCCAACGACCACAUGCGCCUUCUCCCUGAGGGCUCCCUCCUCAUCCAUCAAGUUUCUUGUGAUGAUGCUGGUGAAUACACCUGCCAUGUGGAGAACCCCUACGGCCAGGACACAAUCACACACAAGCUGCUCAUCCAGGCUCCUCCCCAUCCUCCGGAAAUUAUUCUCCAGUCAGCGACCACAAACAGUAUUGAAGUGAAGCUCAGUCCCUCUGUGACUGAUGACACCACCCCUAUCCAUGGCUACACCAUCUAUUACAAACCAGAGUUCAGCAAUGAGGAGAGUGUUCAGGUGCCAGCAUCCACACGUACCUACACACUGGAGUCUUUGCAGUGUGGAACUCGAUAUCAGAUUUAUGCUUCUGCCUACAACCAGAUUGGAACAGGUGAAUCCUCAGAAGUCCUCAACACCCGCACAAAGGGCAAGAAGCCAGAGGUUCCUGAAGUGCACCGCUUUGUGGAAGUUUCUUCAUCAUCUAUUACUCUGCACCUGAAUGCUUGGCAGGAUGGUGGCUGCCCCAUGAAUUAUUUUGUAGUUGAAUACAAACCUAGGAACCAAACUGAAUGGAUAAUGGUCAGCAGUCAGGUAAAGCCAACUGGAAUGUAUAUUAUCAUGGAGCUGUUCCCAGCCACCUGGUACAACCUACGCAUCUCUGCCCAUAACAGUGCUGGCUCCUCUGUAGCAGAAUAUGAAUGUGCAACUCUUACUGUGAUGGGGGAAACUCCAGAACCUGAUACCAUCAGCCAGGCUGUCCAUGACAUCCUUGGCGAAGAUAAUGUGACCCUGCAAGGUAUUUCAGAGGAUACUGACUGUACCCUUGACAAUCAUCAGCCUAUAGUUGACAGCAACAGCUGGCUUGAGUCAGUGCAAAUAUCCGCACCCCCUGGUACGUCACCUGCUGCUACGUCGACUGCACCAACUGUGUGGGACCCAGCACCUCCUGCUGUGUCACCCGCACCACCCAGCGUGAAGCAGCCUGAGUUGGAGCAGCAGGGUAGAGCUGAUUAUUUAGCUUUACAAAGGAAAAAAUUACUUUUAGAAAUAGAAGUAUUAGAGCUCCAAAAAAAAUUGUACCUUAUGAAUUUAAGUCAGCCUGAAUACAAUAACACUUCACAUAAAUAAAUUAAAAGACUGCUAUAGCUCUCUUUGGAUGAAUGGAUCUAAUUUUUAAUGUCAAAAUAAGUCAGCAAUCUAUGAGACUACUCAAAACUCUGAUUAAGUUAAGGGUUCCAUAUACAUAAAUAUUGAUAAUAGCAGAUCACAGUAUCUCACCAGGUAGUAUGUUGUGGAGAACAGUGACUGCAGUGGCCUUUGGUUUAUCAAUUAUCAUUUCUGGAGAAGACAAAAAAUUCAUUUGAAGUGAGGCUGAUUAUAGCUAUACAUAUAACAAUCAUUGUGUAUGUGUAUGGGAUAAAAUACUGUUGGGUUAAUAGUAAUAUUAAGACACUGAAAAGAAUAUUAGAGAAGUGAUCCUGGUAGCAUAGACCAGCUUGAGGAUGUCCUUCAGCCAAACUCACAUCUACCUCUGGGAAAUGCAACAUAUUGUUUUAUCUACUGCUAUUGCUUCCUCCUCCUCCUCCUAAAAUGUAUACAUAAAUAUGAAACACAUACAUAAAAAAAAUGUAAUAGUUAUUGAUAAUCAAAAAUGUAAAGAGUACAAUACUGAUAUCAAAGCUCGCAUUAUCACAGAAAUGCUUGAAUAAAUAAUUGCACUCAACUUGCAUAAUUAUGUACAAUUUAUAGUAUGCUAUUGUAGAGCAUAAGGCUCAGAAAUACUACUGUUAUCAAGAUCAUAUCUCUCUGUGAACAUAAAUGCUUUUCAUGUCUUCUUAAAUGAAGUAAUAUUUGUAAUGUCCUUAACAUAUGUAGGCAAUCUGUCAUAAACUUUUGGGGCAUGCCUGUGUUUAGAUUAAAUUGUGUAAUGGUGGUCUCUCACAUAUUUGUAUUAUUAUAUUAUAUUAGAUUACUAUGUUAUAGAUAAUUAUGUAUUUGUUUAUAUGUAUUCAAUAUACAUCGUGCUUAGUGAUUUGCAUGAUGGGAGAUUUACAUGUUCCCAGGUCUGCCCCUGAUGGCGUCCCUUGGCUGAGUUGUGGCUUGCCUACUACCAGCACCAUGCACUCUCAUCUCGCUCCACUUCAGACUCUGUACUUACUUGGCCUUUUCUGCUAAUACAGCAAGUGUAUCCA